AUGUUCUGGUUUACUACAGUCAAAGAUAAUGAGCCUGUGGACCUGAAAACAGAUCCAGAGUAUUCAGGUCGAGUUCAGUAUCAGUGUGAAAACAAUGACUGCACUCUGAGAAUCUCAGACCUGAGAGAGAGCGACUCAGCUGAGUACAAGUUCAUGCUCAUAAACGAUCCAGGAGGGAAAUAUACUGGAUCACCUGGAGUCACUUUGACUGUUACAGAUCCACAGCUCCAGAAAUGGACACAAACUUUCAUCAGACAACAAUAUUUACAGCUGAACACAUUUGAUUCUGCAGACCGUUUUUACUGCGCUGUGAAAGGAUAUGAGAUAUUCCCUUCUCCAACAGUGUAUGCUCCAAAGCUUCCCUCUGUGUCAGUGAGUCCCUCUGCUGAGAUAGUGGAGGGCAGUUCAGUCACUCUGACCUGUAGCAGUGAUGCUAACCCAGCAGCUAACUACACCUGGUACAAGGAGGAUGUCAUCAACCCUCUCAGUUACCAAAACCAACAUGUUUUCAGCUCCAUCCUGCCCUCUGACUCUGGAAAGUAUUACUGUACAGCUGAUAAUGACCUGGGAGAAAAGAGAUCUGAAAGCAGGACUAUUGAUGUGAAAUAUGCUCCAAAGCUUCCCUCUGUGUCAGUGAGUCCCUCUGCUGAGAUAGUGGAGGGCAGUUCAGUCACUCUGACCUGUAGCAGUGAUGCUAACCCAGCAGCUAACUACACCUGGUACAAGGAGGAUGAAAAUUUACCAAAAGCAUUUGGACCGAACUUCACCGUCACCAAGUUCAGACCUGAACACAAAUAUGGCAGGAGUCCCACUGUCUGCUGUCAAGGCUUUCCUUAUUCAUGUGCUAAAGAGUCCUAA